AUGGCAGCCAUCUCACGAGCCUGCCGGAUCCGCAAUCCAGCCUUAUUCAUCUGCGACCUCCAAGAGAAAUUCCGCGCCAUCUACGAGUUCCCAAAACUGAUAACAACAACCACCAAACUCCUCAAAGCCUCUUCUGCACUCAACAUCCCCGUCUACGUGACAACGCAGAACCGCCCGCGACUAGGCGACAUCGUCUCCGAACUCCAGCCCUACCUCUCCUCGCCGCUUGUGCGCGCCAACAUCGACAAGACGCUUUUCUCGAUGAUCACGCCGGAACUCGAUGCGCUGCUGCCGAACGCGAAGGGCGGGGAGACGCCGCUGGAUGUUAUCAUUGUGGGGAUAGAGACGCAUAUCUGCAUUACGCAGACGACGCUGGAUUUGCUGGAGCGCGGGCACCGGGUGUAUGUGAUUGUGGAUGGGGUGAGUAGUAUGAAUAAGGAGGAGAGGGGCGUGGCGCUUGCGCGGCUGCGGGAUGCCGGGGCGAUUGUGACGAGUAGUGAGGGGAUCUUAUUUGAGAUUUUGGGGGAUGCGGGCAGGACGGAGUUCAAGGCUGUUAGUGGGUUGGUCAGGGAGAUGAAGGAGGAGACGAGGGAGGCCAUGGAGGUGUUUUCGAAGAUUUGAUCUCUCCUUUUCCUUUGCUACCGUGUCUGGAUAUUUGCAUGAACGGACAUGGUCAGGAGGCGACGCUGCAUGUGCCUAAAGAUAUAUAAUUGAUUGCUAGUGGUUGACUCAUUUUGUCUACAUACGGACCUUCAAUCCAUGUUCCAAAACGCCAUUUUC